AUGCUGCGCCGUGUCCCUUCCCUUGUGCCGCGCCACCGCCUGUUCAGCACGCGCGUGGCCGACACGGACGUGGUCAUUGCCAGCUAUGCGCGCACGCCCAUUGCGUGUUUCAACGGCUCGUUCGCGCCGCUCCAGGCGCCAGAACUCGGCGCAAUCGCGAGCGUUGACGCGGUCAAGCGCGCCGGCCUCGAGCCCGCACAGAUCAACGAGGCGUUUCUCGGCAACGUCGUGAGCGCCGGCAUCGGCCAAGCGCCCGCGCGUCAGGCCGUGCUCAAAGCAGGCUUCCCCACGUCCAUUCCGUGCACGACAGUCAACAAGGUCUGUGCCUCGGGCAUGAAGACGCUCGCGCUGGCGGCGCAGAGCCUCCAGAGCGGUCAGCAGCACGUGCUGCUGGCUGGUGGUUUUGAGAGCAUGACCAACGCGCCGCACUAUCUGCUGAAAGCGCGUGCGGGCUAUCGCCUGGGCAACAGUACGCUCGUGGACGGCGUCGUGCACGACGGCCUGUGGGAUCCCUACAACGACCAGCACAUGGGAAUGUGCGGCGAACAGUGCGCGGCAGACUUUGGCUUCACACGGAGCGACCAGGACGCGUUUGCCAGCGCGAGUUACCGUCGCGCACUGGACGCGAGCGCGAGGGGUUUUUUUAAGACGGAGAUCACACCCGUGACGAUCAGUGGCCGGCGCGGCAGCCCCGCGACGGUCUAUGACACGGACGAAGAGAUGUUCAACACAAAGAUCGAGACGAUUGCGAACUUACGCACGGCGUUCAAAAAGGACGGGACGAUCACUGCCGCCAACGCGUCGUCACUGAACGACGGAGCUGCUGCCAUGGUGCUCAUGACUGGAGCCAAAGCUCGCGAACUGGGCGUCACGCCGCUUGCCCGUAUCCGUGGCUUUGCCGAUGCAGCACAGGACCCAGUAGAGUUUACGAUUGCGCCGUCCAAGGCAGUGCCGCUGGCGCUCAAGCACGCGGGACUGCAGAUGAGUGACGUGGACUACCACGAGAUCAACGAAGCCUUUUCAGUCGUGGUCUUGGCCAACAUGCACCUCAUGAAUAUCCCACACGACCGUGUAAAUGUGAACGGCGGCGCUGUUGCGAUUGGACACCCCAUUGGCAUGUCGGGCACACGAAUCGUCGGCACGCUCAUCCACAUUCUCCGCGAACAAGACGCCACGAUCGGCUGUGCUUCGAUCUGCAAUGGGGGUGGCGGUGCUGGUGCGAUGGUCAUUGAACGGUUGAGCUAG